AUGCCCACCACGCGGUCUGGAAAAUCUAGCGCUGGAGCGCAGGCGCAGCCAGCUGGGAAGAAGCGGAAAAUAGAAACCGGCAACGAAAUCAGCCCAAAAGGGAAGAAUAAAAAAGAUGGCGAGCACAAAAAUACUGCUGAUUCGACUACAAAGCGCCCACAAAAAGAGACGCAUGCAAAGCAUGCAGACACCAACACACAAGCACUGUCUCGUGUCUUGGAAAAGGGAGUGCUAUACUACUUCAUCCGUGAUCGGGUUGGCAUCGAUGAACCCAAGUCCAUCGACGACAUCGCAAGAGGAUAUCUCAUCCUUCGGCCCAUCCCCGACGACGCAAAGCUCCACGGUGCACUCCCCACAUGCUACCGGCAAGCCCAAAAGACAGAUUCAUGGCGUUUGUCGAAAAAUCACACACGUCGUAUGACGAACUUGGAAAGACCAAAGGGAGACGUUUACGAGACCAAGACGGUGGGACGGCGCCAAUCUCCCGAUGCAACGCCCGUAGGGGAAGGCGUGUAUGUUCUUACGACCACGGGGCGCGAGAGCUACCUUUCGUACAUGGCAACUCUGCCCCAUGAACUGGGUGAGCUGCAACAUGCGCUGCGAUUCAACGACAAGGGAAGUUUCAUCAUCAGUAGUAAGAACCCGACGUACAAGGGGCCGUCGUUUGCACGGUUGCCAAAGGGACCAGAGUACCCUCCAUCGGUUCUUGACAAGUUUGGGGACUUGCGCUGGGUGGGAGCACAGCCUGAGUUUAUGGAUUAUCCCCGCGCGCAAAUCUUGCUGAUUGGACACAAGACUGGGCUUGGAAAGGAGGACAAGAAGGCUGAACAUGGAGAGGAUCCGGUUGAGACGUUGAGUCAGCUGGAAAAGGACGACCUCGACAGGAUGCAGCAUUUGUCGCCGGAUGAGUCGGAUGCAAUCUAUGCGGACUUGCAUAGCAGGAAGAUGGCGCAUCCGGAGAUUCAAAGCGACCUUGGCGGCUAG